AUGGAGUUUUUUGAUAAUGGUUUCAUGCAUAAGCCUGUAAAUUGUACUGCUGUAACAAUGAUCCCUAAAAUUGAUGAUGCACAAUAUGCUAGAGACUAUAGGCCCAUUGCUUGUUGCUCUACUCUAUACAAAAUAAUUUCUAAAAUUCUGACAAAGAGAUUGCAAGCUGUGAUUACAAAGGUGGUUGAUAGUGCACAAACAGGAUUCAUUCCUGAGAGAAACAUUGGUGAUAAUAUUCUCUUAGCUACUGAACUUAUAAGAGGAUACAGUAGAAGACAUAUCUCUCCUAGGUGUGUGAUAAAAGUUGAUAUUAGGAAAGCAUAUGACUCUGUUGAAUGGGUUUUUUGUGAAAGUGUAUGGGUGAUAUGUGUAAUGAUCCUGAUUUUAAUUUCCAUCCCAAAUGUGAGAGAAACUCAUCUCAUGUUUGCGGAUGAUCUGCUAACGCUUGCUAGAGCAGAUGCAAGUUCCAUCACCAAGAUCAUGAAAGCUUUCAAUUUAUUCUCAAAGGCUUCAGGUCUUCAGGCAAGUAUUGAGAAAAGCUGUAUUUAUUUUGGGGGUGUUUGUCAGGAUAAGGCAAGUCAAAUGGCUGAAAAUAUUCAGAUGCCUAUUGGCACCCUGCCAUUUAGGUACCUUAGAGUUCCACUUGCAGCAAAAAAACUUAACUUUUCUCAGUGCAAACCCCUCAUUGACAAGAUCACAGCAAGAGCUCAAGGUUGGAUUGCUCACUUGCUAUCAUAUGCUGGAAGAUUACAGUUGGUGAAAUCUAUUCUCAGCAGAUGGGUGAAUGCCUAUUACAUCAAGAGACAAAGACUAGAAAAUGUUACUGUUAGCAGUAACACUUCAUGGCUUCUAAGAAAAAUUCUUGAAGCUAGAGAAUUGCUGGUAAGGAUUGGAGGUUGGGAGGCAGUGAGUACUCAAUGGAAAUUCAGCAUAAAGAAAGCUUAUAAGCUCCUCCAAGACGAUUAUGACAAUAUGAGAAAUGCUAAGUUUUUUAGGGAUUCAGAUGUAAAUCCUAAUCAAAUUGUUAGAAACAUCAUAUUUAGAAUUGCUGUUAGAUGUAGUGAGAAGCAAAAGCAAAUGUUAGUGAUGUAA